CUUGACUGGUAACAAGGGGAAGAUUAAAUCUGAAGUUUUGUUGUUGGACCCGGUGACCUUGACCCUGGGUAUUGUGAGGAAUUUGUCGGCCAGCUGGUAUAAGGGAGCUCCAGAAACGGACAUCUCUGGUACCAUGGGAAAUGUUGCGGUGGGUUUGAGUCAGGGAGACUUCAGCGUGAUCAUGAAGUUGCUGAAUGAGAACCUGACUGAGGGUCAACCCCCACCGGGAGUCGUGUCCAAGCCGGGUGCGGACUCCCCUGAGGUCAAGGAACAGCCUGUGAAGAAGGGUACAGCUUCCAGCGUGUCAGCUGCCCAAGGGGAAACUAAAGCCAUUACAGCUCCCAAGAUACCCGCUACAACCGAUCAAUCGGGAAGCAAGCUGAAAUUUGGCUUCAAACUCGACUCAGUCUCAGCUAGUCUGUUCUCUGGUGACACAGAGAUGACAAAAGAGGUAUGUGAACAUGACCGUGCCAAGUGCCUGGGGAAGUUUGAACUGGCAGGAUUCCUCGUGGAGGGAGAGAUGAUGAAUGACAACAGCAUGAAGGUCAAGGUCAUUCUGAAGGACACGUCCUUGGAAGACAUGAGACCACCCAAGCAGAAUGGAAUUACCAGCACUAUUGAGAGAAGCCCCUGGAGCAGGAUGAUUCAGAGAAGUAAGAGUGGGUCCCACUCUGGCUCCGCCUCCCCAAACAUGAUUGACGUCAGCUUCAUACAGGCCAAGAACCAGGAUAAGAAUGUUGACGUGAAAAUCAACAGCAUUCAUGUGUGCGUCUGUACAGAAUUCCUCAUGUCCAUUGCCGAUUUCUUUGUGAAAGGCAUGCCCCCGGCCCCCAAAGAGCCACCCCAGCUGCCCAGUGCUAAGAAAGGGGUCAAGAAAGCUCCAGUCAAAGAGAAGCCUAAGCUUGCUCCGCCUCCAGAGUCGGAGAUGUCAAUCACUGUCAGUUUGGGCCGCCCUGACAUCAUUCUCAUUGAAGACCCAUCCAGUUAUGACAGCAAUGCCAUUAUUCUUGAGACGGAGAUGAUGUUCAAGAUGAGGGUAACACCCGAUGCGACAACCAUGGGGGGAAGCAUUAAGGACUUACAGCUUUACUCCUGUGUUUUCAACAAGAGGGACUCCACCAAAACACAGAUUUUACCGCCGUGUGAAAUCAACCUACACAGUAACGCCCCCUAUGGCCAAGGUCAACACAUGGACAUCCAGAUGACAGACAUGAUUCUCAGCAUAUCUCCAGCCACCAUCAGGACACUGACCGCUAUCAGUAGUGGACUUGCUCCCGCUCAGGAGACAGAGGAAGGAUCCAAAUCUUCAGCAGUACCGGAUAACCUGUGGGCCGUGAAGACGCUGGCAGAAACCAAUUUCUGGUUCCUCAACUUUACAGUCCCGGAAGCAGAGGAUGCUGCUGCUGUUGAACUAGAGGCAUCUGGUGAGCAACCUGUGGAAGAAGAGGAGGUAACUCACGGGGAACAGGGGCCAGCGCAUAAAGAUGUGCUGCUCCUAGCAGCCCCAGUUAUUGUUGUCAAGCUGGAGGGAGGCAUUGGGAAGAGGACUGUUCCUCUGCUGAUAGUUGAAACUGGUUUCCAGGGAGAGGUCAGAGACUGGAGUUCAGAGCUGCAUGUGGAGAGCACAGUGAACCUGGAGGUGGCUUACUACAAUGAGGCGCUGGCCGUCUGGGAACCCGUGUUAGAACCUGUCCAUGAGAAUAAUAAGAGGCACAAGUGGGAGAUUGCCAUGCAGGUGGCCCAGAACAACGAUGUUCUGCUGAUUGAUGAGGAUGACGUAGACCUUCCAAUCCAACCUCCCAAGAUGUCCAUCACUGUGAAAUCUGAAGAUAUCCUUAACACGACGAUCACUAAAACAUGUCUGGACGUCCUGUCCAAUCUUGGCAAGGCAUUCAAUGACGCCUACAACUUGGUGGAACCAACUGUCAAACCUGGCGAGGUUAUGUCCCCUUAUCUGAUUCAGAAUGACACGGGGCUGGACUUGACAAUCAAACUAGAUAACGAGUUUGAGACCGAGGACACGUUGGAAACAUCUGAGCUAGUGAAUGGCACAGUGAAUGGUCAAAAUGGGAUGCCUCCACAGGCAGACAGUGGGCGUGUCCACCUUCCCGCGGGUAAAGCUUUGCCCGUAUUUGGACGUCGUCAUAACGCCUUGGUGCGCAAAGCGUCCAUCAUCAAGGCCACUCAGGAGGGCGAUGAGAAGAAGAUCCUGUUCCAGAUCGAUCAGUUUGGGGUGACUCGAGAGGUGACCAUCAACCGGGCAGAGAAGAAGCUGUUUGAGAUCAACAAGAAGACUGAGUACCCGGCAGGUGACAAGUGGGCAGUGCUGGUCAGUGUGGAGGCCUCGUACGGGCGCAAGACCAUCUCCCUCAGGUCGUUAGUGCAGGUGCAUAACCACAUGUCCCAGGCUGUGGAGGUGUUUUACAAGAAGGGGGAGAAGGACCUGGUGAGCGUGGGGCGGGCCGACCCUGGUAAAAGCCUGCCACUUCCUCUCCCAGCUCUCUACACCUAUACUAGCGAGAUCUACUUCAAGCCCGUCAGCGACAGGUACGGCAUUUGUACAAAUGGGGUAAACUGGAGAACCGCCUCAGAGAGUGGAUUAUUCCCCCUUACCUGUGCAACGAAGGACGGUCAUGCGUCGUUCUACAUGAACGUAAAUCCAACCCCAGAGAAGGUUCUGUUUGAAGACUCUUCAGAGAUGAAUCGAGAGUGCCUGACCCUCAAUCUCCACCCCACGGUCAUCCUACACAACUUGUUGCCCUUCUCCUUGAGCUGUUUGCUGGAGACCAAAAUUGAUGGUGGGAGUCAGGAUGCCACUGAAGAGGUACACCUAGACAGGGGAGAGAACUACGCUCUGUAUAACGCCAGUGUGAACAAGUCAUCCAUGGAGUUCAAAAUGAAGUACAGAGGCCUUCAGUGGACAGGGCGCAGACAGAUUCAGGCAGAUGUCCCCGAACUAUCCAUCUGGACGUUUGAAGCAACCAAUGAGAAGGGAGAGAAAAAGCAUUUGGACCUGGGUCUUCACAAUAAACAGGGCUCAGGAACUUUGGACAUCUCUCUGUACAGUCCUUACUGGAUGAUCAACAAGACGGGCAUGCCACUGGCUUACAGGGGUAACGAUGCCGAGGUCACAUUGGAACACCCUGCUGACUACAAGGACAUUGUUCUCUUCUCGUUCAAGGCAAAGUCAUUGUUCAGCAAGAAAAAGGAUAAUAAGGAGAAAAAUGGGAAGGGUACAGUAUCGGAGAAAAAAACCAAAGUCAAAGAAAUGAAACAGGCUGGUAAAGCAAGUCUGAAAAUCCGCGAUUCCGAAUGGUCAGACAAAUUCUCUCUGGAUGUUGUGGGCAGCUCUGGAACUGUCCAAUGCAAAACAAAGACGGGCUCAUACGAGUGUGGUGUCCGUAUUGACAUGACGAGUUCUGGCCUGAGCAAGAUUGUAACCUUCACUCCAUUCUACAUGCUGGUCAAUACGACAGAGACAACAGUGAGUUGUAAAGAGCCUGUGGACUCCGCCCUCUGGCUGGAUGUAGCCCCGGGGGAGUGCCUUCCGUUCUGGCCGCAGCAAACCGGGAAGGAAAUGAAACUGAAAGCAAAAGUGAAACUGAGUGAUGAAGAGACAGGGCCGUUUUUAAUCAACACUGCUCAUACGACCCUUCUGAAGUUGGAUAAUGAGUACGGAGGGCUGGACGUGGAGUGUCACGUGUCAGAGUCGGCCAUGGUGACAACAAUAGGGCCAUACAAACAUGGCUGUGCCUCCGUUCUCCUGGUGAAUCAAGCUGAAAACCUCAGCAUCUCUUUCUCUCAGAGUGGUGUGGGCAAGACGCACAGUCUGGGAGGCAAACAGGCUGUUCUGUACACAUGGGAGGAUGCCCUGGGGAAGAGAGAGCUGGUCUGGUCAUGUGGGGAGAAGAAGGAUGAGAGAAAUGACCUGACAAAGGAUGGGUGUGGUGAUGUGUUUUACCUGCCAGACUGUAAACUGUUUUGGGUGUCCUUCCUGGACGGCCCCCAGAGGGUGCUGCUCUUCACAGAAGACAUGGCAGUCGUCGGUUUGGUCCAAAAGGAAGUGGAGUACACAUUUGAGCGGAUCGACCAGGAGAUUAACCUGUCUCUACGCGGGGUUGGCCUCUCCCUGGUCAACAAUAUCAACCAGACAGAGGUGGCUUUCAUGGGAAUCACAAGUUCUGGAAUUAUCUGGGAGGAGAAGAAGAAGCGGUACAAGGCUUUGAACCUGAAGACUCUCGUUAUCUUAGAGGCUGCCUACCAGAAAUAUCUGAUAGAGCUGGCUGCUGGCAAGUCACCGUCAUCCAGGGUCACACUAGAAAACAAGAUGGAGGUUGACUUUGAAGAGAUGCAGAUGUACAAACCACACAAGCGAGGCAUUCGACGCAGUUUUGUAGAGGGGGUCUGGGUGCAGUACAAGACGUCACCACAUCAGUUACAGCUCCAUGCUAAAAUCAACAGAUUACAGUUUGACAACCAGUUGGCUGGAGCUGUCUUCCCCACAGUUCUCUCCCCUCUUCCGCCACCCAAGUCCGUCGCUGCUGACAGCGUGCCCAAACCUUUCACAGAAGUCAGUCUGAUGUUGAGCAAGCAUGAGCAUAGUCACAUGACACAGAUCAAGUACUUCAAGGUACUGAUACAGGAAAUGGCUCUGAAGGUAGACCAAGGCUUCCUGAAUGCCAUCAUUAGCCUGUUCUCCGCUGAUGUCCCCAUCUCAAGAGAACAAGAGACGAAGCAGUUUGAGGAGGACUGGAAGCAGACGAAUCUCCCCCUGGUGGAGAUAGUCGGGGUUUCUCUGUCACAUGGCAAGAAGAACUUCUAUGAUCAUUUGCACUUCUCCCCCAUCAAGGUUCACCUGAGCUUCUCAUUACAAGGGGGUGGGGAGGAUGGGGACAAACCCACGGCAAUCCAGGCUAAUGUCCUUAACGUCUUCCUCCAGAGCGUGGGCGUCGUGCUCACAGAUGUCCAGGAUGUCGUAUUCAAACUCGGCUAUUUUGAGAGGAACCACAGUUUUUACAACAACAGUCAGCUAUCAUCAGAGAUGACAAGUCACUAUGUAGGACAGGCCAUCAAGCAGAUGUACGUAUUGGUGCUGGGCCUGGACGUCCUCGGCAACCCCUUUGGUCUCCUCCGGGGCCUCACCGAGGGGGUGGGGGAUCUAUUCUACGAGCCAUACCAGGGAGCCAUCCAAGGUCCGGAGGAGUUUGCCGAGGGUUUGGCCCUAGGGGUCAGGAGUCUGUUUGGACAUGCUGUAGGCGGAGCCGCAGGAGCAGCCUCUCGCAUAACAGGCACCCUGGGUAAAGGAAUAGCCGUGCUGACGUUUGACGACGAUUAUCAGAAGAAGAGACGCCAGCAGCUGAACAAACGGCCUGCCAACGCGAGGGAAGGAUUUGCCCGUGGAGGGAAGGGACUCAUUAUGGGCGUUUUUGAUGGGGUGACGGGCAUUGUUCGUAAACCCAUGGAAGGAGCCAAACAGGAGGGUGUCGGAGGAUUCUUCAAAGGGAUGGGGAAAGGCCUGGUGGGCGUGGUGACUCGACCCACCAGCGGAGUGAUCGACUUUGCCAGCACCUCAUUGGACGGAAUCAAACGAAUUGUGGAUUUAUCAGAUGAGAUAAGGAGGUUGAGGCCGCCUCGACGCUUCCACAAAGACCUCAUCAUCCGACCGUACAUCCACACAGAGGCUGAGGGCUACGCUAUACUACAAGAGACAGAAAAAGGACGCUAUGUGGACGAUGACUAUGUGGCUCAUGCCGUCGUCACCAAGGACGGGAAGAAUGUCCUAGUUGUCACCGACAAGAGGAUUGUCUUCGCCUCCAAGGGAGAGCUUCUAGGCCAAUGGAACUGCGAGUUCACUUACACCUGGGUUGAUCUCAAGGAACCCCCCAGGGUCAUCUCCAAGGGCAUUGAGGUUGUCCUGAAGGAUAAGGAGAAGAAGAAGUUUUUGUUUGGAGGCAGCUCAUCCAAGAAAGAAAUACACAUCACUGACAAGAAGACCGCAGAGUGGAUCGUUGAGAAAAUCCAUGAACAGAUGGAGAGGGGGCGUUGAGUUUGCCUCAGCCUGACCCGAAUCUUCAACCCCCACGUCACCUCAAACAGGAUAAAAGCCAGCUUCUCUCUGUAGCCAAGUUAUGCAAAUUAUGGUUAAAUUCGGCUUUUUUGUGGAUUAUUUUUUGAGGGAGUGUCAAGUGUUAAAAUUUAACUACAAAUAUGAUAUCGUCUGUUGUAUGAUAUCGGUAUAAUUUACUGUUUGGAAUGGCAUAUUUCUGGGCUUACUAAGGCAGCUUUGAUACUCUUCUGACUGCACUCAUCGUUUUCUCUGGGAUAAAAAUAUUGUGAUCACAUAGAAAGAUGAAAGUGUGAUAAAAUAUAAAAAUGAUGUCAUGGAGAGUUGAGGUGAAUGUCCGUGAUACUCGCUUCUGCUGAGUUGGAAAUGGUGAAGACAUGAACGUAUAAAGUCAAACCCGGCGGAUUUAAAGACAAAAAAAUGUUUUGAACUGUUGAAUAUACCUGCUUGUGUAUUUAUGUACAUUUGUGGGGAAUAAUUAUAUAUGUAUGAAGCAUGUUGGAUAUAUGAAUGAUAAAUUUUCUUGCUGUUAUGUACGAUAUCUUAUUACAUAUGUGGGUAGUGUGUUUUCUUGCUGGUGUGUAGAACUAGAGGAAUCAGUAGAGAUGUAGAAAUAGUUGUUGUGUGACGUAGGAGGUAUUGAUGGCAACAUUGUUGCUCUUAUAGUGUCUUAUAUAUGGUUCUUAAAUCCCUGUAGCGAACCUGUAGAUCUAUAAAGGACUGGUUCGUCGGUACAUCCUAACUGACUAGUCACUGUGGCCACAGACCGCUGCAGUGACUACACUCCAUGGGUACAUGAAGACUGCUGGGGAAAUAACAGAAUGGCAGAAGCCUGCUUUAAGUGUACCAGAAGUUGACUAGUAGUGGGCCACUACAUGUAGCAUACCCCUCAGAAGUUACAAUGACUGUCUGGGAUAUCCUGUGUAGCAUGUGUUUCGUAGUCGUGUUCAUGAAUAUAUGCAUGUAACCCUUUUCAGGGCUCCCAACAUAAUAUGUUUUUUUUCGUUUUUUUUUUUCAAAUUUACAAAAUUGAUGAAGAAAAAAGAAUUGAUAGAAAAAUAUUUUUUCAAAGUCUAUCUGUUUGUAGAUUAAUUCUAUAUGCAAACAAAGAAAUGAUUGGAAAAAAAUAAGAAUGUUCUGACGUUGUACAAUGACAUUUAAAAAUAGACUAUUUUCACUGAUUAAUUUAAGAAUGUUUAUUGGUGUUACGAAUAUCGCGGGGUAAAUCUUUUUCUAUUUUACAUUUUGUGCAAUUUUGAGUAAGUUUAGUCAUGCAUAACAUAUGACUGUCACCGCUGAAGGAAGAAUUUGGUCAAUAUUGGCUUCCUUUUUUCUUUGUCAGGGGCCUCAAUGAAGUUUUUGGUUAUAAUUGGACUGUGAUAUGAACAGUUGUUGUUGUAACUCUAGCUUUGUUGUGGGGUUCAUAGUACCUGUGACUAUGACUGCAAAGGAAGGUUCGAUUAAUAAAAAAUGCUCUUCCGGUUUAUACAAUGGGUUGUUUAACUGUAGCUUUACUGUUUCUUUAGCGCUGUAACUUAUGUUUCUCCCCACCCCUGGGGGUGAGUAUGUUAAGGAUUUGCUUUUAAUCGUUUACAAUGCCUUUUCGCGACUGUAGCUUUGUUGUUGUUGUUGUUGUUUUUUUUUAGAUAGUAGAGUAAAACCCCAGUUGAACCUCUUGUGACUAAAAUUACAAAUUCGCAUAUGUUUAUUACCACAGAAUUGCUUUGUAUCACGUAUCAACAGUCUGCUCUGCGCGUAGAAUUAGAACUGGAUUAACAGUUGUUCAGUAUCAUACAAAAUGUGCAAUAGUUUGUAGCCUUGUAGCAUGUAACUGUACGUUCUGUCGAACUUGUCGAAGAGGUUGUCCCAAUGACGUACAUGUAUUUGUAACAGUGAGUUGAAAUUUUGACUUGAGAGAAUAUAUAAAACCGUGUGUAACAUGUGUAAAUUUGCUUUGCCAGAGAGCUACAUUUAUUGUUACUGAUCAUGCUUGACUAAACAGAAGAUUAUGGUAUAUAAGACUGAGUACAGAUUUGCUACAGUAUCUUGUGUUGGCUCCGUGGAAUCUAAUGCUAUCAGUCUGAUAUGUCAAUACUUGUACAACACUGACAAUCAACAUUUGAUCCUCUAUUCAUUUGUUCCGGUUUGUCUUUUCAUCUUUUUAUGUGACAAGAUACAUGUACCCACACCUUCCUGUGGUAUGGUUACAAGCUCUCUGCCUCGUACUCAUCCUUCCCGACCCCCAAGUACUUUGGAGAGUUGAUAACUGGGGCAAAAUCUUAAGCCAGUGUGUGUUGAAGACGAAAAGAGAAAAAAUACCAUUUAUCAAAUGUACGUUUCAAAUACCUAUAGAGGGAAUGUAUGUGAACUUUGACACAAAUAAAUCUUCCAGAUCUCUGCUUUUA